AUGGAGGACUUCUGUGUCAGACACACAGAAUGUGGCCCUGGACAUGGAGUUCAGGCUAUAGGUACACCAAGAAAUGACACCGUGUGUGAAAAAUGUCUCAAAGGGCAUUUUUCCAACUCAUCUUCCGCCUCGGAUCAGUGUGUAAAACAUCAGGACUGCUCAGGGGAAAACGUCAUGCUCCUCCAAGGCUCAGCGUUCCACGACACAGUUUGUGGCACCUGUGAAAGUCUCGCAAACGGAGGUGAUGACCUCAGAGCAGUCCUGUCUGCAUCACUCACUGGGAGCAGGAUACCAAGAAGAGAUUUAAAAAGACUGAUUCACAAGAUCAUUCAGAAGGAUCAAGAGGAUGAUUUCACCGGAGACUCAGCUCUACCAAAGCAGAGAGGCCCUCUUGUAGAUGUGAUCAGAGUGUGGCUGGCCCAGGCUACUUCAGAGCAGCUCAAACAGCUGGCUAAAACCAUGAGGAAUUCCCAGUUUAGCUCCAUAGGAACUAAACUAGAAAGCAUCUUUGAUGAAAUUAAGCAGCGGAAUCCUACCUGCAGUUUAUAAAACCCAUGUGAGGAGCCUGUGCUGAACUUAAACAUCCUUUCUCGUAGUGUGCGUUUACUGAACAUAUUUUUUUUACAGAACUCUUUUAAUUUUGCAAUCAUGUGCAGCAUUAUUGGGAGCAACAGAGGUUAUCAGUAUUACUAAAUGUUCUUCAUGUCUCUAUAGGCUGGAAAAAAAACUGUUCAUUCUUUGUUUUUGUUUCCUGUAUGAUGGGCCAGGUUGCCAUUCAUAGUAGCGUAAUGACGUUUUUUGAAUAUCCCGGUGAAGUACUGAACUAUAUUUGUGUCAAAAAUAAGCUUUAGAAUGUUGUGAAAGGAAUGUAAAAUGUUUUGUAAAUUACAUGAAGUCAAACUGAAUUUAUAAACUGUUCUCGUACGGCAACAAAAAUAAAGUUGAAGUUGUUUUAAGUAA